GAAUAGUAGGCAGCCCUGGUCGCACUUCCAUUUUCUAUUCGGUUGGCGUGUGUGAAUUGAGAAGAAAUAAUUUUCUGUUGGAUUUUCAGGACAUACCUAUUAGGUAAAAAGUUGUGAGAUAUUUCAUAAGAUCGAGUUAAAAGUGUUAAUCAUACAAAGGAAAAAAAUCGCACAACAAAAAUGUGUUUAAAAGAAGAGAAGAAAGUAAACUAAGGUGGAAAUUUGUGCAAAAAUUUCACGCUUUAUACCGGUGUGGCUGGUAUUGAAGAAGAGCACAGAGCACACAGUUCUUAAUAUACAUACACAUUAUUUUUAAUUGAAUGCGGUUUUUAGCGGGGGAAACGAAAAUAAAGAUAAUUAAAAACUGAAAAGUUAUAAAUUGGUAAUUGACUGCCAUGGCUGACGGUGCCGUUUUAGACCUGUACGCUGAAGACCUGGAUAAAGAUUUUGCCGCGCAGAACCAGGAUGAAUUUGCUGCUGAAGGUGUUGAUUUAUAUGACGAUAUAGGGGGUCCGACCGAAUCUUCAGCUACAGCUGGGGGGACUGUCUCUGUCAAUGCUGGCGAUAAUGUUGCAGCAGUCGCUGGUGGUGAUUCGGCCGGAAACGGUGGCGGGUCCAAUGGUCUAUACCAUCAAGGUGGUGGUAGUUUAACGCCCAAUCAUAUGGGGCGGCGUUAUCAACUAUAUGUCGGUAACUUAACUUGGUGGACAACUGACCAAGAUAUAGCGAAUGUUAUGCGCGAAAUUGGAGUAACCGAUUUCCAAGAGGUAAAAUUUUUUGAGAACAGAUCAAAUGGUCAAUCGAAAGGCUUCAGCGUUAUAUCACUGGGAUCUGAAGCAAGCUUACGUCUGGUUUUAGAACGUUUGCCGAAAAAAGAGCUUCACGGGCAAGCUCCGGUGGUAACGUAUCCGACUAAACAGGCGCUAAACCAGUUUGAGAGUUUGCAGAAGACGCGCCCAGUUCCACCGUCGCAACAGAAUGGACCGCCACGUGGUCCCGCACCUCCGAACAUGGGUGUGGGGGGACCAAUGCCGCCACAUCCUGGUGGACAAGGGGUACCCCCUGGCCAUCCACCACGUAUGAUGAAUCCCAAUAUGGCGCCAGGCCAAUACCGGCCACAGCACAUACAGGGUCCACCUGUAGGACCGAAUGCAGGGCCCCCACGUAUGCAGGCACCGAUGCAUCAGGGCGGCGGGCACAUGGGACCGCAGCAACCAUUGCCUGGUCCACCACCUCGAUACCCGCCAAACCAGGCGCAGUGGGCAGGUGCAGGACAACCACGUCCGAACGGACCACGAUCUGGGCCGCCCAAUGGACCUCCUCAGCGGCCCCAAAUGUUCCAGGGUCCCCCAGGGGGAAUGCCAAUUCGUGGGCCACGUCCAGACUGGAGUAGGCCACCUAUGCAUGGAGGCUUUCCACCUCAAGGUCCACCUGGAGGUCCACCACAGGGACCACCGCACAUGCAAGGACCCCCACGUGGUCCGCCGGGCGGCCCGCCCCAACUAGGCCCUGGCGGCCCUCCAGGUGGCCCUCACGGAGGCCCCGGUGGACCGGCACCACACGUGAAUCCAGCCUUCUUUGCCCAGCCAGGUGGUCCGCCGCAACAUCCUGGAGGUCCACCCAUGAGUGGCCCGCCACACGGCCCACCAGGACCGCCACAACAGGGAAUGGGCAUGCCGCCACAACAUGGCCCACCACCACAUUUUGCUCAACAAGGAGCACCGCGAGGCCCAUGGCCGGGACCAGCACCGGCAAAACCGCAAGGUCCAUUCCCUGACCAACCAAUUGGCCCACAGUUAUCGGAGGUAGAAUUUGAAGAAAUCAUGGGCAGAAAUCGCACCGUUAGCAGCUCAGCUAUAGCCAGAGCCGUUUCAGAUGCGGCCGCCGGGGAGUACUCCAGUGCUAUUGAAACUUUGGUAACGGCAAUUUCGCUUAUCAAGCAAUCGAAAGUGGCACAUGACGAGCGUUGUAAAAUAUUGAUCAGCUCUUUGCAAGAUACCUUGCAUGGCAUCGAAACAAAAAGUUACAAUCGUCGUGAGCGUUCACGAUCUCGGGAACGUACCCAUCGUCCUAGACAACGCAGGGAACGCUCAUCAUCUCGUUAUAGAGAACGUUCACGUGACAGAGAGCGCGAACGCGAACGCGAUCGUGAAGGGGGAUAUAGAGAACGCUCUAGAAGCCGGGAACGUGAACGUCCCGUACCAGAUCACUACAGAGAUGACAGUAGCUCUAGCCGUUCCGCACGUCCCCGGAAAUCGCCUGAAGCAAUCGCUGAAGCAGUCAGCGAUGUACCAUCUAAGCGCAGCUAUUAUGAGGAACGUUAUCGGUCAUCAGAUCGCGACCGCGAGCGUGAUAGAGAGCGGGAAAGGGAGCGUGAUAGAGAUCGAGAUCGGGAAAGGGACCGUGAUCGACGCGAGGAACAUCGCUCACGACAUUAAAAAUUCAGUGCAGCAAAAGAACAACCCAAUUCAGCACUUGCAACAAAUUAAAUCAAUGUACACAAGAAGAGUAGGUCGACGGUAUGCAUUGCGAAGAUUCAAAAGAAAAUAAUCCACACUUAUUCAACUUUUACGACAGGCUCCAUUGCAAAUUCUGUUUGCGAAUUUACACUUUCAAUUGAUUACUAUUAUUUUAAAUAGAUUUAAAUGGUCUAAACAAGUAAAAUAUAAAAUAACAUAAUUGCAAAGGAAUCGCAAAGUGCGGUUUCAUAACAGACGAAUUCGAAUGGAAUCCAGAAUUAGCUCAACCGAAUCGUCUCUAUAAAAAUAUAUAAGGAAUUAUACAUACACAUAGAUGUAAACUCUUAAGCCGGAAACUAUCAAUUUGAAAUGCAACAUGUAAUCUUCAGCCAAGGUUUUAGCAGGAAAAUAAGCAGAAAUAAAGUAUGGGGAAAUACACAGCAGUUAUAUCAUUACAUACCCGCAUUAUCCAAAACUUAUGUGAAAAGAGAGCGUAUUGCGAACGUCGAGCAAUUUCGGAGGACGCCCGAUUUAAGAUUUAGUAAGUGGAACUGUGGAAAUACAACAGUUGGCGCCAGUAGUUAUUUGCGGAUUUAUUCCUGCCCGAGUGCACAUCAGAAGAAGAAGAUUGUAUAUUGAUAUUUCCAUUAAUUAAUAAAAAUAUUUUAAAAUGUUAAAUUCCAAACUA